GCUUCAUUAUACUCGUUGCAGAGUGGUUGUGCAGAUGGAAUGAGGUAGAGUCGGGGGUUUUAGCCCUGUGUUACAGAUGAAACGCUGGAGAUGAACUGACUUGGUCGAAGUCACACAGCUCGGUGAGGGGUGAAGUCAGGAUUCGAGGCCAGGUUUUAUGCACUCAGUGUCUUGGUUCACUUCACUUCACGAGCAGUCAUUCAUUAAAGUUUAAAAGGUCCUGACACCUGUCCCAGAUCUCAGCACUACCAAUCUCCAGUCACGCUUCCUAUUCUGAGUAUUGACUUCAAAGAGCUCCCUUCCCUUUUCCAUGAAAGGCAAUAGAAGUAAAAUCUGGCCAAGUUUCUCUAGUCUUUGCUCAAAUUUUAGGGCUUAGAUUGACUCUUGGGGGACUUGAAAUGUCAUUAGAUGGUGUGUUAGCUUGGACUGUCAUAAUAAAAUACGGCAGACUAGGUGGCCUGAACAUCAGAAACGUAUUCCUCACAGUUCCGGAGGCUGGGGAGUCCACGAUCAAGGUGGUGCCAAUGAGGAUAGCUAACAGCCAGGAAAAAUAUAGUGGAAAAUGCAAAACAACGAAAUUAUAAAACCUGCCAAAUACUUCUCGGAGUUGGAAAAGAGCAUCCUGCUUGCUUUGGUAGAAAAGUACAAAUAUGUGCUGGAAUGUAAGAAAAGUGAUGCGCGAACUAUUGCACUCAAGCAGCGUACCUGGCAGGCGCUUGCCCAUGAAUACAACUCUCAGCCAAGUGUGUCACUGCGGGAUUUCAAACAGCUGAAGAAGUGCUGGGAGAACAUCAAGGCUCGGACCAAAAAGAUUAUGGCCCAUGAGAGGAGAGAGAAGGUGAAACGGAGCGUCAGCCCUCUCCUGAGCACGCACGUCCUGGGGAAGGAGAAGAUCACCAGCAUGCUGCCGGAGCAGCUCUACUUCCUGCAGAGCCCUCCAGAAGAGGAGCCCGAGUACCACCCGGACAACGCAGCCCAAGAAUCAUUUGCUGUUUCAAAUAGAGAACUGUGCGAUGAUGAGAAAGAGUUCAUACAUUUUCCAGUGUGUGAAGGGACCUCUCAACCUGAACCCUCGUGUUCAGCUGUCAGAAUCACAGCCAAUAAACACUACAGGAGCAAAACCUCUCAGGAAGGUGCUUUAAAAAAGAUGCAUGAGGAAGAACACCAUCAACAAAUGUCCAUCUUACAGCUGCAGCUGAUACAAAUGAACGAGGUGCAUGUGGCCAAAAUCCAGCAGAUAGAGCGGGAGUGUGAGAUGGCAGAGGAGGAGCACAGGAUAAAAAUGGAAGUUCUCAAUAAAAAGAAGAUGUAUUGGGAAAGAAAGCUACAAACUUUCACCAAGGAGUGGCCUGUCUCCUCAUUUAACCGGCCCUUUCCCAAUUCACCCUAAGACUGCGGGGGUCGGCUCCCUUGUAACCAGCCCAUGUGGGCAAAGAAAGCCUGGAACGUGAACUUGCGGUCAGGAACUUGUAACAGAGCUACAAGUAGGAAACUUAGAGCGGUAGUAGUCGCGUAUUUAAGAAUACAUUCAGGUAAACAGCCAGCCGCACCCUGUGUACCCCUUCAGUGGCAAAGAAGCUGUUCCAGUCUCCUGAAAAUGAUCACUACGAGUGCUAUAAUUCUGAAUGUAAUGUCUCUUAAUUAGAAUUCAUACAAGAACCAUGUGCGAGUGUUGUUGUUGUAUUUUUUUAAAUCAGAUUGCAAGUGUGACUAUAAAGAAGUGUGGCUGAUUUUUUUUUUUUUUUUAAAUAGACAGCAGAACUUUUCUAUCCAAAUGAAUGGGCUCCUAUUGAAAGCAGCACAAAGACCCAGGAGGCCACACAUUGUUUCUGCAGUGGUGGUGCUGUUGCUCAGAACUUGCGGGAAGUCCUUAGGGAACCUCCCUGAGAGCCGCACACAGCACCUCUCUCAUUGUUUUUUGUUUUGUUUUGUUUUGUUUUUCUUAUCAGUGUCGUUUUUUUGUUUUUUGAGUGGCUUUUCUGAUUUUAAACAGUCCAGCAUUUGGAAGGAUAUUUUCUAAUGUGGCUCAUAAACUGCCUUUUAAGGCCUUUCCCCCAAAGAGGAGUUCCAAAUAGCAGCUCCAACCGUGAUAGUUUGUUGGAACUAAGGAUGUAACUGCUUUGAGGGAGAAACGUUCAUUAGAUUUCUAUAAUCUGUCAUGUCUGUUUUAUUAAAAGAUAAGACUUG